AUGAUCCGGGGUCUGUGGGGGAAGUUUUUUCCACCAGACCAGGACCCUGAGACGCCGAAAAUCGAUGCCACUCAUCACCACGGACUCAUCAACUUCGGAAACACAUGCUACUGCAAUUCUGUUCUACAGGCCUUAUAUUUCUGCGAGCCCUUCAGAGAACGAGUGCUGGAGUAUCGGAAGCAGUCUAAGAAGACAGAUGGCUCUCUGAUUUGGUGCCUGGCGGAUCUCUUUAAUCAGCUCUCUGCAAAAAAGAAGAGGCAGCCGAUUAAGCCGACAAAGUUCGUUCAUAUGCUCAAGAAAGAGAAUGAUGCCUUCGACAAUGUACUCCAACACGAUGCUCAAGAAUUCCUCAAUUUUCUUCUCAAUCACAUAGGCGAUACGCUUAGGGAUGAGAUCGUUCGCACCCACAAAGUGAGCCACGCACAAUCCGACAACGCGCAUCAGCAUAACUCCCAUUGCGACUAUCAAGAAACUUGGGUCCACGAGCUCUUUGAGGGAGUGAUGACUAAUGUGACAAGAUGUCUACGUUGCGAAUCUGUGAAUCAAAAGGAUGAGCGAUUUCUUGAUUUAUCCGUCGACAUUGAGCCCAAUACAUCUAUUAAUCACUGCCUUAAAAGUUUCAGUGCCACAGAAACACUAAAAGGUGAACACAAAUAUUACUGUGAGGUGUGUUGUUCAAAGCAAGAAGCACACAAAAGUUUGGAAAUCCGAAGCUUUCCGAAAGUUCUUGCCCUGCACCUCAAACGAUUCCGCUUCGAGGACGGAGCACGCAGCCAUAUGACAAAACUGAGUUAUAGGGUUGUUUUUUCUAGACAAUUACGCAUUCCUUCUUCAAAAUACUCGAAAGAUGACGGAAGUACUAUUUUGUACGAGCUUAACGCCGUUGUUGUACAUUGUGGAAAAGAAAUCAAUCGAGGUCAUUACAUAACGCUCGUGAGGGCUCAUCCUAACCACGAUCAGUGGCUGGUGUUCGACGAUGAAGAAGUGGACUUUCUGCCGCAAGCGGAGUUGGAGACUUUCUUCGGUCUGACUGAUUCCAGCGCCGGACGAGGCAACCUGGAGUCGGCCUACAUUCUUUUUUACGAGCGCGUCAACGAAGAGGAGCGCGCCAAGAAAGAAAGUAAGCAGAACGCGGGCUCAGGCGACUCCUCGGCCAAAUCAGCGAAAGAAGGGAAGAAGAACAAGAAGCAGCAGCAGCACUCAUCUGAUUAG